AUGGACGGUGGUAAGUCCAAUGAACAUGGAGAGUUUUUCGAUAACUGGCGUCGCCGCGACGUGAGUCUGGGACCUGAGUGUAACGAUGAUGUUAAGUUGUGGAGCGUUACAGCACGCAUCUUCGCUUCGAUUUUCUCACCGGGAGUCUCAGCAGCGGCGGCUUUGACACAAAUAGAAAGAUUGGCAUGUUGGUCUGCAAAACAGGCCAAUACAACCACGCUUGUGUUAAAUGGUAUGCUUGAAGAUCUUAAUAGUGUCCGUCAUGCGCUGCUACAGAAUAGAGCAGCUAUUGACUUCUUGCUGUUGGCUCAAGGACAUGGAUGUGAGGACAUUGAUGGAAUGUGCUGCUUUAACCUCUGUGAUCACAGCGUGUCGAUUCAUAAACAACUACAAUGGAUGCAAGAACAUACGCAGAAGAUCAAAGAAGAGAGUGAUCCUUUCGGAAAUUGGCUGAACAGACUGUUUGGGGGAGUGGGUUCAUGGUUAAAGCAAUUGCUUAAGGUUUUCGCUAUAGGGCUUGCAAUUUCUGUAUGUAUCCUAAUCUGUCUUCCUUGCUGUGUAGGAUGCUUGCAGAACUCCUUGCAACAAAUGAUGGAAAAGACUUUUGACCAUCGGAUUGAGUAUCAUAGACUGCGUGAAAGGUUGUAG